UGUCACCAUUACUGGUGACUGGUGCCCCUCUAUUUUGAGGCAGAGCACCAUGGCUCUUAAAUCUCUUCUAAAACCCAAAUCCUCCAUUACAAAAUUCUUCCUUUAUUCCUCCAUUGCUUCUUCUUCGCGAUUCUCCUCCUCCUGCAAAAAACCCAUCUUCUCACUCCCUUCCCAAUCCCCACCUACUGCUAAAAAACUCCCUUUCACUCACUCAGUUCAUGGCGUUACGCUGCAAGAUUCCUACCACUGGAUGUCCAACACCCACGACCCUGAUCUCGCCGACUACCUCCGUCAAGAAAACUUUUAUGCUGAAGCAUUCAUGGGCGACACUCAGAUUCUGCAACAGCGGCUCUUCUCCGAGAUGACGAGUCGAAUUCCCGCCAAGGUUUCCACUCCCCCUGAGCCUUGGGGACCCUGGUUUUACUACCAAUACAUUCCGGAGGGGAAGGAAUACCCGGUUCUAUGCCGUAGGUUACAGAAUGAGAAUGAGAAAAGCAGUUGGUUAAAGAAACUUCUACAAUUUGUUAAAGGAAAUUUUGGGAAAGAAGAGCAAGUUUUACUUGAUUGGAAUGAAAUUGCUAAACAAUAUGGCUAUGUUCACGUGGGAACUUGUCGUGUUUCACCAGACCAUAACUUUCUAGCAUAUACAGUUGAUAUUACUGGCAGUGAACACUUCAUGCUUCAGAUUAAAGACUUGGGAAGUGGACGGAUAAUCCCCGAGUUACAGAAGGAGGGAGUUGUAAGUUUGGCUUGGGCGGAAGAAGGCAGGAUGCUUUUCUAUACACAAGCAGAUGGGAAUCAGCGACCUUACAGGGUUUUCUGCACAAAAGUUGGGUUUAAAGACACAGAAGAUGUCUCGGUGUUUGUUGAAAAUGACCCCAACUAUUGUGUAGACAUAACAAGCACAAAAGAUGGGAAGUUCGUAACUGUGAAUUCGAACUCGAGGACUUCAUCUGAGGAAGGAACUUACCUCUUUCAAUUUUUUUUCUUUUCCUUUCAUUUUUCUUUAAUGAAGAUUUUAUUCAACCCAACUUUAGACUUCCAUUCUGAAACUAUACUGGUUUGUUUAACCCAGGUUUAUAUUAUAGAUGCUAAAAACUCAGUAAGUGGAUUGCAAAGAAUACACAAACGUGUUCCUGGUAUUCAAUACUUUUUGGAACAUCAUCAUGGCUUCUUUUAUAUCCUAACAAAUGCUCCUCUCGAAAAGAAUGGCGAUUGUUUGAAGGAAGAUUAUUAUGUAGCUCGAUGUCGAGUUGAAGAUAUUAAGUCAGCAGAUCAGCAGGAUAUCAUUCUUCAGAGUGAAGAUUUCAGUAUACAGGACAUGGACCUUUUUGGUGGACAUCUUGUCCUUUUUGUCAAUAAGAAUGGUGUUCCGAUGUUAUGUUCAAUCAAUUUACCUUUAGAUGUUAAUGAUAAGCAAUGCAUAGAGAUCAAGAAACUUGACCCAUGGUUUUUCCCUCUUCCCUCAAAUUCCUGCAGUGUAGCUCCAGGAUCAAACCAUGACUUCAUGAGCUCAUUAUAUCGUGUCGUGCUUUCAUCACCAGUGAUGCCAGAUUUGAUUGUUGACUAUGACAUGUCUAGACGGGUCUUCUCAAUCAUUCAGCAAGAGGAAGUAAAAGUUAAGCCUGGCGUUAAACUCAAAACAUAUCUACCAGAUGCAUUAGAUAUUGGGGAAGUUUCAGAUGCGCAAAACAAAAGAGAAAACUUCCAGAAUAGUGAAUCCCAAAAUUGGAAGGACUUUUCUGAUGUAUACUAUUGUGAGAGGAAGGAAGUUAUAUCACACGACGGCAUCAGAAUACCCUUGACCAUAUUGUAUUCCCCAAUGAACUUUCAGAAAGGACAGUCACCCGGAGUUCUUCAAGGGUAUGGAGCAUAUGGUGAAAUCCUGGAUAAAAGUUGGUGUCCUUAUCGCCUGAGUUUACUUGAUCGUGGUUUUGUGCUGGCAUUUGCAGAUGUCAGGGGAGGAAGUGGUGGUGGUGACUCUUCAUGGCAUAGAUGUGGGAGUGGGCUUGAGAAACAAAACUCAAUACUCGACUUUAUAUCAUGUGCAAAUUUUCUCGUUAAUAAUGGCUACAUCCAUAAGGACCGGCUGGGUUCCAUUGGAUACAGUGCUGGAGGUCUUCUUGUUGGGGCUGCUAUCAACAUGCAUCCUGACCUGUUUCGUGCAGCCAUUUUGAAGGUUCCAUUUCUCGACGUUUGUAACACCCUACUGGAUCCCACUUUACCUCUCACCAUUCUGGAUUAUGAAGAAUUCGGAAGCCCACAAAUACCAAAGCAGUUUAGGUCUAUUUUAAGCUAUUCUCCUUACGAUAAUAUAUCUAAGGGGAGUUGUUAUCCUCCAAUGCUCGUCACAGCAUCACUCCGUGAUGCCAGGGUUGGAGUAUGGGAAGCUGCCAAGUGGGUGGCAAAAAUUCGAGAUACUACAUGCUCCCGUUGUUCAACUUCUGCAAUUUUAAAGACCAAUAUGCUUGGAGGACAUUUUGGUGAAGGUGGUCUCUAUGGUGGAUGUGAAGAGACAGCUUAUGAGUAUGCUUUUCUCAUCAAAGUCCUCGGAACUUCUGACCACGAUUGAACUCCUGCACACUGUGAUGAAAGAACUCCAAUCUUGAGUAAUGGGGAUAUCUGACAUUACAUAACUUGAUGACCUGGGCCUUUCAUGCUUGACAACCAAGUCAAGCCAAGAUUUUCAGGCAGCCAAAUCAAUUUAUCCAAGACCGGAAAUGUCUCAGAGCUACAUAAAAUUACUUGGAACUGUUGACACGUGAUGAAAUUGAGAACUGAUGGAUGUUCGUUGAGUUGCAGAGGACCAGGUCUUGCUCAAGAAUGUAUGGAGUAGUAGAGAAUUGACUACAUAGACUUAUGGAUGAACACAAACCUAACUGAACAGCACCUUGUGAGCAGAAGAGAAAUGCUUUGCUGCAGCUACCAUGGCGGCCUCUGGCCCCGAUGGAGGCGCUACAGCUUUGGAUGCCUCUGCAUUUCCAUCAUUGAAGCCAAGUAAGCAAUUAAUGAAAGACUUUAUAGUUGACCAAAAUAUGUUCUCUUUCUUUCCUCCCAUAUUUGUUUGACCUUGAAGAAAAAAGAAAAGAAACGAAAUACUUUUGGGAAGUAGAGAACAGGGGGAUUAUAGGUCUGAAUUUUUUGGUUGAAAUAUUGUAAAGGUGACUGAAAACUUGUGUGUGUUAUUGCAUAUUUAUAAGAUGAAGAAAUGAGGCUGCUUGACAAUCAAGAAAAA